AUGGACGCUUCUCGAGGCCAGCUGCCUGCGGGCCUGAAGGGAAAAUGCCCAUACACCGUGUUAGGACUGUGCUCUGAAGAAGGGCAGCCGCUGAGUGUGCAGGAAGCAGCUGCAGAUGAAGCUUCUGUUGCAGCACGGGAGGCGCUGACCUCCAAGGCCAUCGGUACAGCAUACAGACGUGCUGCUCUGAAAGCACACCCCGACAAAAAUAAGGGGAGAGAAACGGAGGCUGCUGCUGCUUUCUUAGUAGUGAACUUAGCCUUUGCUUUUCUCUCGAAUGCUGAGCAGCGCUCGGCCUACCACAAGCACCUCCGAACACUGCUGGCUCUGCGGGAGCGGCGGCAGGAGCAGCAGCAGCGCUUGACCGAGAGGGACAAGGAGAAGCAAAAGUAUAAGGCAGAAUUAGACAGAAGAGAAGCAGAAGAACGUCAUAAGACACCAAAAACAGACCCUGCGGAGGCCGAGCUGCAGAGGAUUAGGGAACAAAAUGCUGCCUUCAUCAAGGAGCAAACAGAACUGAGACAAAGGCGCAGACAUGAGAUCUUCCGGGAACAUUCGGCCCAGCUUCUGCAGCAGCAGCAGACGCAGAAAGCCCCAUAUGUGGAUGCAACGCAUGCAACUGAUGCAUCCAGCAGCGCUGAGACGGAGACGGAGGAGACCCUUGAGGACAUCUUACCCAGGUCCGUAGUGCUGCACUGGAGCGGUGCUGCCACAACCCAGAAGACGGAAGCAGCAGCAGCAGCAGCAAACGGAUACAAGGAGGAGCACCAGACCUGUGCAGAAGGAGCUUCUGCAGAAGCAGAGGCAGCUCCGACAGCAGCACACACAAUUGGUGUUGCAGCAGCAGCUGCUGCUGAUGGCCCUACUCCAGCUUCUUUAUGCUCACAACUAUGGAAACAUGGGGCUGUUGAUUUAUGUCUCUUCUCCAGGAAGAAAGGAAUUGCAUGCAUCUCCUUCUCCUCUCGAGAGAGGGCUAUAGAGGCGGCAUUAAUGCUGCAGAGACAUCGCAAGAACAGCAAUAAUAACGACAAGGUGUCCUCUGUAAAACUGGCAAACAAGGUUAAAGGAUUUGAACAGCUGCUUCUUAGAGUUAGGGCUGCUGCUGCUGUAUCGGAGCAGCAGCAGGGGGAAGUAGAUGAUGACAUGAAGGAGGCUGCAGAAUUGGCUGCGGAGACCGAAGAGGCAGCUGGCGCAUUCGCUUCUGCCGUAGCAUCAGCAGCUGCUGCUGCUACAUCACCACACGAGCCAACUGCCGCACCUUCGCCGGUUGAACAGCAGACAGUCAAUGGCAGCAGCGGCAGCCCCAGCAGCAGCAAUAGCUCAUACAGUAGCAAUAGCAGCAGCAGAAUGUCUUUGAGUGUUGCAGAGGCGAACAGUGCUGCAGCAGCCUUUGGCUUGGGGGUGGCAGCAGCAUCGAGGCAGCCAAUUAGCGGUGCUGCUGCGUGUAUAUUGGAAUAUGUGAAGAGCUGCAGCAGCAGGGGUCUGCAGGAGGUGCAGCAGCAACAAGCAGAAGCAGAAAGAGAUAAGGGAUGGGAGUGGGUAGGAGGCGCCAAAGCCGCCGCCAGCAUGACAAUGCAGGAGCUUGAAGAUGCUGCCUUUGGCGAACUGCAACGCAAGAAACAGCAGCUGCACCAGCAGUAA